AUGCGCAACGAAUGCCGGUUCGUGUUAGUUCGCAGCCAAAAAUCGCUACAGUGGGACUGGGGCUUUAGCGAGAAGUUAUACAAAUUUGAAAAAAAUCGUAAGCCCGUAGACAUGUCCGACAUCAAACUUACUGGUCUACGCAACAUCAGCGACGACGCCUUCGUGAACUCGCCAAAUCUGACGGAGAUAUAUUUAUCGAAUAACAAAAUAGAACACAUACCCAUCAAAGCAUUUAAAGGUGGCAAGCAUACCCAAUUAAAAGUGGACGGAAAUCCUCUGAAGUGUGACUGUAAACUAAAAUGGCUGCUGGUCCAGUCACAUGACGUACACGUGAUCGCUAAUGAAUCUCUCAGGUGCGAACUACUUGACAGAUCGUCACGGACAGUACCACUGUCUCAAAUGCAGAUUAAGGAUUGCGAUAUCCCUAUAGUAGAAGUAACUCCAAGAAACAUCAGCGUUAAUAUGACAGACAAUGUUUCAUUCGAAUGUACAGGAAGCGGAAGUCCCAGGCCGGGAGUUACCUGGGAUACAUCUAACGUGCAGGAAACCUACUCGAUUACGUCUCUUAGCGGUGGCUUAAGAAAACGACUGGAUAUUAUGAACGUGUCAGUGGCUACCAAUCAGAUGAUAGUCACGUGUGUUGUCGACAACGUGGUAGGCAGCGUGCAGGCUGAGGGCAAAGUAUUUGUAUACUGCGCGCCAAAAGUUCUGUUUCUUAGACAAGAGAGAGCCAUGUUCCACCCGAGCAUAGCGUACUCCGUCCGUGGGUGGCCAAGACCGAAUAUCACCUGGUUGAAGGAUAGCCAGUACCUCGAUCUGAGAGUCAAGAAGAGCUUCAAGGACCAAGCUCGUCCUUACAAGGACGGUAUUAAUGGUAGCCUGCAGUUUUUGCUCAAGAACCCGCACAUGGACGGAGAGUACACGAUUGUAGCCGAGAACCCGUUCGGGCGUGUCACGAAGAAUAUCUCCUUCUCUCACAACGCACCGCCUGGAGCGGGGCAGAGCUGGAGGCCACCUAUUUCCGGUAUAUCUCGGUUCAUGGGAGAUAAGUCUAAGUCACUGGGAUCAGCCAAUCAGCCCGACCAGGAUUCCAAGGUAAAGGUCGGAGUUCAGACGACCGAGGACGCGACAUUCGAAGACUCGAACAAACCGCUGGAAUACCUAGAAGCCGAUCCCCGGCCAAUCCCAAGACAAACACUUCUCUUUUUUUUCAUUCAGGUUGCGAUUGGAAUUUCAGUGGCAAUUGCUGUGGUGCUGGGUCUCGUGAUUUUGAUCAUUGUUUUGGUGAGACGUCUCAUACGGAAUAACAGGCUACACAGCGCCAAGGACGGUAAAAACAAGUCAAAGGGUCGUCACCCCCUGAACCGCGCGGAGACCAUCCCUUUAACGGAGAGUGUUCGGCUCGUGGAUAAUCCCACUUACAUGUGUCAGACCCCUGUCCCCAGCGACUCGACAUCGGCCAUCCUGAACAUCAAACCAGAACACAUCACACUUUUACGAGUUCUGGGUGAGGGUGCGUUCGGUCGAGUUCACCUGGGCACGUGCUUGGAUCUGGAAAAACCGGAGACGGAAACCAUGGUGGCCAUCAAGACAUUAAAAUACUCGACGGACGAUUCGUCCAAAAUCGACUUCGAAAGAGAGGCUGAGCUGCUCUCGAGCCUGCAGCAUCCGCACAUAAUCACUUUCCAUGGCGUGUGCACGAGACAGGGGGAGCGCAUGAUGAUCUUUGAGUACAUGGAGAAUGGUGAUCUCAACAGCUAUUUGAGAGCCCAUGGUCCCGACGCGGGCCUCGUGCCUAACCUGGAACAGACUGGGGAGCGCCUGUCGUUUGUGCAGCUUCUGAGCAUCUGUAGCCAGAUCGCCAUGGGGAUGGACUACUUGGCUACCCAGCACUUCGUCCAUCGAGAUCUCGCCACCAGGAACUGUCUCGUCGGAAAAGACAUGGUUGUCAAAAUCGGAGACUUUGGGAUGUCGCGGGACAUCUACAGCACAGAUUAUUAUAAGGUGGGCGGGUCGGCAAUGAUACCCAUCCGAUGGAUGCCCCCUGAGAGCAUCUUGUACAGAACCUUCACGGUGGAGUCGGAUGUGUGGAGCUACGGCGUGGUCAUGUGGGAGAUCUUCACGUACGGCAAACAGCCGUGGUACAGACUGUCAAACACGGAGGUAAUACAGCAUGUACAGAACGGUGCCUUGCUGGAGUGCCCGGACGCGUCCACGGACGACGUCUACAAGAUGAUGUUGGGCUGCUGGGCGAGACACCCGGCCGACAGACUGACCAUGAAAGACAUUCAGAGACGUCUCAGUAGCUGGUGUUCGUCCCGCCCCAUGUAUCUCGACAUCGUGGCAUGAUGGACGCAGCCGUUUCAAGGAGAAAAGGACACUGGCCGUUUAAAAGUGUCUGGCCGUAGACAGACGCACGUAAUAAAAGGUCGUUGGAAUGGUACAGGCUCCGUUGCUGCAAACGGUUAAGUCAUUGGCCUUGACGUUAGCAGCAAUGGGUUCGCAACCCGAUACCAAUUGCCACCCAGAGCGAAUUUCACUGGCUCUGUUGGGAGAUGUAAGAUUACUACUCGGACUUGUCUCUCAUAAACAACUAAAACAUUGGCCCCUUUCGUGGAUAGCCCAGAUAGUUGAUGUCUGUGUCAGCUGGCUUGAACCUUAAUUGGAUAAAAGCAGGGAAGAUAAAAGUACGUGAAAUGGGUAUUAAAUUGACUGUGUUACAAAUUCGCAAUAGGUAUAUAUGCUUAAAUUAAGGCUGCUGGAAUGGUGAGGUUUUUAUUUUAAGCUGACUGACAAAGCAAUAUUUGUUAUUGGAGACGGUCAGACUAUUCCCCACAACGAGCCUGUGAAAGGAUAUUUAUCGCCAAAACCCGAUCGCCAAAAAACAUCACCAAACGCUUCAAACAAGACGGCAUUCGUUGCUCCAUUUCGACAAACCAAAUCUGCAAAUAGUACCGACACAUAUGUGCUUCUACUCAGGGCAGACAGUCAAGAAAUUCAAGAAACGCCAGAACAAAGGUACUUGUUGUCUUGUACUGACUCGUUUCAGCGAGUGCACCACAACUGG